AUGACAUCCACAAAAACGAGACGUGCUGUACUUAACGCUUAUAAAUAUCUAUUAAAAACUCAAAAGGAAACAUUUCAUGGAGACUUUCUGGCAAUAUCUGAAGCAAGACGCAAAACAUAUGAAGAAUUUUUAAAAAAUAAAGAUGAAACUGAUGAAAAAGAGAUCAAUAAACAAAUUAAUCAAGCACUAGAAGCGGCUGAAUUUUUAAAGUCAAAUGUUAUCCAGGCUGUAUUCGACGAAAAAACAAACAGAUUUA